UAGAGUCAGCUCCGCCUAGUGUCUAAAUUGAUAAUUACAAAGUAAUAGCGCAUGGAACAUGGAAGUUCAGUAAUCAUUUAUAUUUAGAAUACAUAUUAUGAUGUCGCUUGUUCCUGAUUAUGAAAACUCUUCUGAUUCUGAUGAAUUUUCGUCAGAUGCAGAUACAGAAAAUGAGCAUUCCAGUGACGAAAAGGAUGAUACAAACUUCUCUUCCCAGUGCAAAUUGCCUGCCCCUAAGUUUGGAGAAGAAACUGAGUCACCUGAAGAUACAAAGUCAUCCGUUUUCAAGAAUCCAUUUAUCGAGGCAGAAAAUGCCAAGGCCGCCAUAUUACAAAAACAUGUGAAAAUGGUCGAAACCAAAGAUAAUAUUGUUGUGAUCAAUGGAAAGAAAAUAUGUUGGAAUUAUCGAAAAGGUAGAUGCAGAUUUGGGCAUAACUGCAAAUUUGCCCACGAUUCCGAUAUUCAAAAGACUGCGGAGCAAAUAGAGGUUGAAAAGCUAGCUGUUUUCCAGAAUGCUGUGGUGUGUCAAAAUAAUCAAAUUGGUUUGAGUGGAUCAACUCUUCAAAAAACAGGAAGUGAUGUGGAAACUGUAGAAGACUGCCCAAGCCAGAGUAAUAAGAAACGGAAAAGGCCUGGUUUGACCCAGGGAUUGAUCCCUGGUAAAAAAGUAUUGAAACAAUACUUGAAAAAUCAGAAAAUUUAAAUUGGUAAUCUGUUAUAAAAGUUUUGAAUUUUCUUUAUGAACUGUAAAUGUCAAGAAUGUGUUAAUUUUAUUGUAUAUGAACCAGUAAAUUUAUUAAAUGUUCAGCAUGUGAUGUUUGCAUGCUGUAAUUGGAUAUGAUUACAAUAUUUCAGAUAUUUAUUCAGUUCCUUUAUUUUUUAAUAAACGAGUUUUUUUCA